AUGGGUAACCAAAUAACUCAGUGGAAUGUGGCUCACAGCUUGACGAAGCGCAAGCUUCUCAUUGCCAUCAAUUCUCUUGCUGCACUUUCGAUCUUCUUCUUUGGUUACGAUCAGGGUAUGAUGGGAGGAGUAAAUAAUGCAAAAGAUUAUAUUGAUCUGAUGGGUUUCGGUUAUGUGGAUGACGAAGGUACACCAAUUGUCACAGACUCGCUUCUACAAGGAGGCAUCGUCUCAGUCUACUAUCUGGGUACUCUUGUUGGAGCUCUGGCUGGCGGAUGGGUCGGAGACAAAAUUGGAAGAAUAAAAACCAUCGCACUUGGCGCUGCGUGGGCUAUUCUCGGAGCGUCAUUGCAAUGUUCGGCGCAAAAUCAUACCUGGAUGAUUUUCGCACGACUGAUUAAUGGUUGGGGAACUGGAAUCUUGAAUGCGAUUGUUCCUGUUUGGGCGACAGAGACUGCUGAACACACUAGCCGAGGACAGUUUAUCGCCAUUGAAUUUACACUCAACAUUUUUGGUGUUGUAGUGGCUUAUUGGCUCGAGUUUGGUCUUUCAUUCAUAGAUGGCGGAGCGUCUCCAAUUCGCUGGCGCUUUCCCAUAGCUUUUCAAAUCAUCCCUCUUCUGGUUCUCUUCGGUGCAGUCUGGUGGUUCCCAGAAAGUCCAAGAUGGCUCGUCAAAGUUGGUCGCGAUAAAGAAGCUCGCUUCAUUCUUGGCCGGCUUCGAGGGACAGAAGGUACUGAUGUUGCUGCUGCUGAGGCUGAAUUCCAAGAUAUCCAGAAUGUUGCUGAACUUGAGAAAUCUACUACACACAGCAACUCUUACUUUUCAAUGUUGUUCGGCAUUGGAUCGGGGGAUCUACACAUCGGAAGAAGAGUGCAGCUUGUGAUUUGGCUCCAGAUUAUGCAGGAGUGGGUAGGCAUCGCUGGAGUUACUAUCUACGCACCAACCAUCUUCCGAAUCGCAGGAUUCACAGCCGAGAAAAGUCAAUGGAUCAGUGGUCUGAACAAUGUCUUCUACAUGUUCGCAACCCUGAUCUGUGUCUUCACACUCGAUCGAAUCGGUCGAAGGAAGACUCUGUACUGGGGUUCCAUCGUCCAAGGAAUUGCCAUGUUUUUAGCUGGUGGAUUCUCUCGCCUAGGGCUAGACGCCACAGCAGCCGGUGAUACUUCCAAGUCCUCAUCAUAUGGUGCCGCAGCAGCAUCUAUGAUCUUCAUUUUCACAUCUACUUUCGGAGCAACUUGGCUCACCGUACCAUGGCUUUACCCUGCGGAGAUCUUCCCUCUGGCGGUUCGCGCAAAGGGUAAUGCUUGGGGUGUAGUUGGAUGGUCCAUCGGAAACGGUUGGCUCACUCUUCUUUGUCCUGUGAUGUUCAACGCUAUCGGUGAGAAGACUCUUUACAUCUUCGGAAUCAGCAAUGCUAUCACCCUUCCUAUGGUAUGGGCUUUGUAUCCCGAGAGCAAUCAGAGGACGCUUGAGGAGAUGGACUUGUUGUUCGCGGCUCCGACACCAUGGAAUUGGGAUGCUGAGCGCAACUUUGCGAGGCUGAAGGCUGAAAAUCCAGAACUAGUCAAUGCUGCAAGACAUAGGCAUAGUGUAGUUAGUGCAACUGGUGGCUUGGACAGUGAAAAGGGAGCCCAGCAGGGGGUUGUGCAUCGUGAUUGA